AUGUGCCACUGGCGUCGCGUCCGCAACAACUUCAAGCGCUGCGGCCACUACAUCGACCUGCCCGACGAGAUGGUGCGCGACCCUGCUGCCUACUCGCCUGCAGAUCUCAAUUCAGUCCCCGUCCCCCCUCUCCCCACCCCCAACCCCCUUACCGGCGCCUAG